AGCUGAAAAAAAAAUGGUAACAGGAGAAAGGUCUAAGAUUUUUGUAACAUAUUUGGGCAAAUCUUGAGAACGAAUGUGGAUGUAUUAGCGAUUGGAAAAUGAACUUCUGGGGCUCUUAAUGAGUGUGAGCAAACAGUGUUAAGGAGAAUGGCCCUUUUCCUGCUAUGCUCGGAUUUCACACAUCAGAUUAUCGAUCUUGUUUAUAGUCCUGCAUAAUUUAAAUGCCUCAUUUGAAGCCUUGGCCUGAGACACACGCCACGCCCACAGGGCCCAGAGGGAUUUUACUGACUCCACGCGGAAAAAUUAAAACCCCGAAGGUGCCAGGGCCUGCCGGGAAGCGCGGAGCUGCGGCGGCGGGCCGCCCCCCCGGGCACCGCGCUGGGCACACGGCCCGCCCAGGGCCGCUCCCCGGGCACCAUCCCCACCGCCCCCCGGGGCGGGUCCGGGACUGCCCGCCCAGCGCUGCACCUGCCUCCCGGCGCCGCCCCGCGCGGAGCCGCCGGCGGAGUCGGGCCGAGGAGCCGCCUGGGGAGCGGGAGGCGGCGGCCGCCAUGGGCACGGAGUACUGGGAGAUGCGCUGCAUCAAGAUCCUGCUCUUCAUCUUCAACCUGACCUUCUGGCUGGCAGGACUGGCUGUCAUCGCCUUUGGCCUCUGGCUGCGGUUUGGUGGGGUUAUGGCAGACUUGGCUUCAGACAAAAAGUCUCCGGAGUAUUUCUUCAUGGGACUCUAUGUAUUGGUGGGAGCAGGGGCUAUCAUGACCACAGUUGGAUUUUUUGGGUGCUGUGGAGCAGCGCGGGAGUCUCAGUGCUUACUUGGAGCAUUCUUUGCUUGCUUGUUGGUGAUAUUUGCAGCUGAGAUCACUGCUGGAGUAUUUGCCUUUAUAGGCAAGAAAGUGGCAAUACAGGAAGCCCAGAAAAUCUAUGAAGAUAUUUAUGAUGACUAUAUGAAAAACCCCGGGGGGAAGGUCAACAAGACCAUCUAUCACUACCACGUGGCUCUCCAAUGCUGUGGUAAAGACAGUAUAGAACAAACGGCAUUACCCUGUCCAGAGAACAUCCAGCUGCCAAAGAACUGCCUGGUUGAAAUCCAGAAUGUAAUUGAUGCUCAUCUGCACUUAGUUGGAAUUAUUGGAAUUGCAAUUGCUGGCACCACAAUCUUUGGCAUGGUGUUCAGCAUGGUUCUGUGCUGUGCGAUCCGUAACACCAGAGACAUGAUCUAAAACGUUCACUGCACAACUAUGUCCCGGGAGUUCCAGACUAAGCUUUACAAGAAGUGCUCUUCUACACAAUUUAAUAAUUGUAAUGCAUUUUAAUGAGUGUUUUAACAUACUGAGAGGAAAAUAUCCCAUUAGGUGAGCAGGUGAAUUGUAUUAGUUACAGUAAAACCGAAGCGAACACAAAAGGGGUUUAAAAUGUCCUUUUUAAUGAAAAAGCAAAGGUGUAUCUAAGACUAAUUUGAUUUUUAAUGUUUGUAUAUGUGCAAUUAAGAGUUUACACAUCUAUAGGCAUUGUGUAAGCACAUGCAUAUCUCUCCUUACAAAUAUAUUUGUACACGAGCAGGUACCUGUAUAUGCACUACCUUGUUUAGGUGAGUCCGUGCAAAUGGAACACGGUGUGUGUGUGCGUGUGCGUGUUCUCGAGUCUCGUUGUGCAGGAGCGCACACACACCCAGAGGGACGAGUGCUCGACACCCUUCCAUGUUGAACUCCUGUUUGCCAAGAAUUACCAGAGGAACAAGUGCCAUUUUUAAAAGUAAGACCUGUGAUCCAUUCUGUAACUGUUCUUUCCAAAGCCCAAAGAGAGUAGAAUUAAUAACACUGGACUUCAUGAAAAAAAACCUUAAUGCCUAAGGGCCUGCUCCAGCAAAAUAAUUCGUGUGAGUAGACCCAUUGACUUCACUGUCAUGCAGAGACUGGAUUUUUUUUUUAGGACUGGACCCUUCAUGCAAAUGUAGAAAGCUCUGGGGAGGAAACAUGUCCAAGGAGAUCCAGGCUAAAGGAGGAGAGGGAAAGAGGUGGGAAGCUGGCAGGAUAACACAGUCGUUUGGGAGCAAUUGCAGUGCCAAGUGUGCUGGAGACACACCAGAAUAAACCGACCCGAUGAGUUAAAGGGGCCACUAAAAUCUGUAUUCAGAAGCCCCUUGACCCUGCAAGACUCUGUCCGGUGUAUAAGCUGGUGCAGGAGUGGAGCCUGUAUACAGAAAAGCAGGAGCUUUGUCAGAUACUCUGUAGGUGCCAACUGAAGAGUGAAAAUGGUCAGGGAAAGACACACAGCACUUUAAUACCCUCUGUUUCUGCUUCUGUGACUAUCACAGCUUCCACGGGGCUCUUACCUCAACCUCUCACCCUUUCUUGCAGGUGUAAGGCAGGAAAGAAAGAUGGGACAUUUUUACAGAGCCAUAAAGUAAAUUUUUUUACUGACACCUUUAGGUUGCAUGUCAGGUAGAAAAAACUAUACUGUGUGCUUGAAAUACCUCAGGGCUUGCGUUUACAUAGUUUGUUUCUAUAUUUUUAUUUUUCUAUUUGUCAUAUUUAUUCGUAAGAGAAUGUUCCUUUUAAAACAGCCUAGAAGGGAGAAGGGUUGUCCCCAGAAGGGGAAGAUAAAUUACAUCAAAGGCUCAGAAUCUCUUAAUUUUUGGCUUACUUGAGAUAAUUCACCAUUUCAGAGAACAGCUUUUUGCUAACGAUACCUACAUAGUAGCUCUGUCUCUCUGAUGAUCACUGGUUUAAAUUUCUGAUGCAGUUGUUCAAUACACGAUGGGCAAAAGCUCAGCUAAACUACGUGUGUCAUUUAAAUGGUCCAUGAUGUCUAACAGGACUUGGCAUUCACAAGUCAGGAAGUCUUUAUUCCACCGAAACAUGACAGAAAGAAAUUGGAUUUCAGAAAUUAUGUGCAUUUUAGUGAGUGUGUUUGUGUGGAAUGUACGCCCCUGAUUAGCUAUGGAUGCCGUGUAAACGUAGGGCCUGGGACCAACUGUUACAGCCAAAGCAGUUUCCUGGAUCCCAGGGACACUCGAGACUGUCCCUGCAACAGGUUCUGCUCUAAAUAGAUAACGGGAUAGGACACAGUAACACCGGCAGCAAGAAGAAACCUGUGUAUAGUGUCAUUUUUCCCAUUCAGAGCAGGACAACUUUCCAGGAACACCAGUAAAAUUACCACCAUAGGGAAGCCAGUGGUUCGUAUUCCAAGAUUAUUGCCCUACAGAGACAGAAGUUUUUUGCAAGUAAAGCUAUUUGUAUCUAUUACACUCCCCCUCCUAAUGAUAGUAUUUUAUUUAAACACAGCUACAUAUAAUUGCUUUUAAUUCCUCAAGUCUAUAGCACCAGAAUGUAACGAAAGGACCAGAGUUUACGUCUGUAUUUGUUUACUGUCUCUCGAGUAAGUUGGCAGACGCCCACUCCUGCUUUUGAGAUGCACUGAAUAAAAGAGCAGCUUGCAGAAACUUGGGUUGCUUCCCCAGCCCCCCCAGAAGUACCAAAACAUCCAAGUGCCUUAUGAACCCAGGGAAGAGUGGUAGAAGGAAACAUUCUGUAAAUAGAGACUUGAACAACCGAACUUUCUGCUGAAGCGUUUUGGGUUUGUGGGGUUUUUUCUUCCUCUGAACAGUGCAUUUGCUUUUUUUUCUGAGCAAAUUACUGCUUAUACUCCAGGGCUUACUGCUAUUUAGUUCUAGGGGAUACUUGCACUGGAUGUCAGGAACAGAAUAAUACCAGUUUCUGGUUUAGUUCUCUAAGUUAUUGGUAUAAUUUAAGCUGGAAAUCAGUGUUAUGCACCUACUAGUGCCUUACUAGAAUCCAGAGUCGCAGCCUCUUUUGUUGCAUCUACUGCUGUGAGGUGCACAGUGUAUUUGCAGGUUUCUCUGCAUCUUAGUAACUGAAAGUCUUUUUUAGCUCAUUACUGGACAGAGAACACAGCUGUUCUUUCCCUGGCAAAGCUGUAGGAAUUCUUUCCUGUUGCUUUUAAAUCCUAGCUCGUUAACACCUCCAAUUUCCAUUGACUAGCUGGAGCAGCCCUUUUGAAAACUCCACUGUCCCAGGCCAGGUUCUGGCUACCGACACCGCAUCAGUAGCGCCUGCAGUUUGUUGUGCUGCUGCUCUUUCAUUCACCUCUCCAAAGUGCAAAAUCUUUGUCAGCAGUACAAGAUCAUUUCCAAGCAACUACACUGUAUGUCUUCAAUAAGAAAGCUUUUCAAAGGUAACUAAACCCAAACCAGUAUCUAGAAUUCCUCAAAUACAGUUAAUGCUCCCGAGUUGCAUGCCAGGGUUUAAUUAACAAACUACAAUGCUUGUAUGCACCAGAUACAUAGUAACUGCCAUUUAAGUCAGCAGAAGUACCUAUUUAUUCCUCUCCCUCGCACCCAUUUCAGAGGAAAGAGGGAAAAGAUCAAAUCUCUCCAGCUGAUAAUUCUGAAAACACAUCGCACACAUUUUCUUCUGUCAGUUUGUUCUAAAGCAUAAAUAUGCAAAUUGUUGAUGUUUUUAUUGUAUCUCUAAAUACUGUUAUUCACAAUUCCCUUGUCUAAUUUUUCUAAGUAACUGACUUCAGUGGGAGCUUCAUUUACUACAGGAGAACCUCAGCCAGUUUUGAUGUCUUGCAGAGAUGACACAGGAGCUGAUGAAGCACAGCCCUGUAAUAUCCCUACAGUGAAGGUUCAUAUUUCACUUUUCUUCAUACUGAAAGUGACCGUUUUAUAGCAAAAUGUAUUUCAUGUGUAUUGAAAGAGAAAUUGAGUCAUCUUAAGCCUUCAAAUGCUGUAUUUUACAGCCUUUGGAGGCUACUGAUGAACAGCAACAGAUGCUGUUCAUAGAAAAUGUACAUCAAUAAAGGUUUUCAAUCUUCUUCCUCUCUAUUGGUGCUCCAGCCACAAACACAAACCACUUCCCAUGUCACUUAUUUGCUUCUAUAGUAGAAAUUCUGAUUUUGGGCAGAACGGGCACAUUGGUUUAUGCUGCAAAGUCUCUCUUUGAGAGAAAAAAGAAAAAACAAACAACAAACCUUAUUCUGUUGCUGAAAUCAGCUUUCACUUCCCUAACGUGUUCUGAAGUGGCAUUUUAUCACCUUUUCUGUCUUGAAUUUGAACCAACUUUCUAAUAAAAAUAACCUGAAAUAAACAA